CGCAGCAACUCUAAACCGCCCCGCUACUACACCAACACCAGCACUUGAAGAAAAGAAAUAAUGCCAAAGAUUGUAUCCUCAUCGAUCGUUUCUUCAUCCGAUCACACAGGCCAACUCGAAGAUCAGCGUCAUUUAUUACACGUGUACUAUUGCUUAUGCUCAGAAUUCUUACUCGUCAUUGACGCCGAUUUACGAAAAUUACCGCGACGACGUACAGACAAUGCAAUCAUUGUGUCAAACACACGAAGGACGUAUAAAUUCACAGCUGAAAGCGAUGGCUGCACUAUUGUCAAACGACGAGAAGGUUUCGAGAAACAAUACCGGUAUCAUUGCCCAAGAUGCCGGUUACUGGUGGCCUAUGAAAUGAAUGAAAAUAAGAAAUCUGGACCCUAUACGUACAUAGUGGACAGCGCAUUGACUGAAAAACAAGGCAGCGCUCCGCCUAAUGCUAUCCAAGAUAUCCCUACGCCAGCAUAAACUAUCAAGCUCCCACAUGUAAAUCAGUAUCACGGACCUAUACACACAAAAAAGAAAAAAAGUCGACGUCGUCGUCGUGUCUCUCCCCUCGCACAACCCCCUUUCAAACCUCCUUUUCAAAAGAUGAUAUGAAAUCUUACAAGAUAAAAGAAAUGUCUACAUGACUGCAUACGGGAUACAGCGUUGCGUCGCGUUUUUCGAAAAUCAUUCAUUUUAUUACAUGCACAUCCAUCAUUCAUAUAUAUCACGAGACAAUUGCACUUCUAGUCGUAUAUAUCGCACAUGAGGGCAAGUAGGCAAGAUACAAUGCCAAUCUAUAGUAAUGGAGAAAGAAAGUGUGUGUGUGUGUGCGAGAGCGAAAGAGAUUGAAAGGGGUGAGCAUGAAGAGAUGCUACGUAUGUUCGUCUGUCUUUG